CUACAUUACCCAGCGUGCUCCGCUCGGCGGCGCGGCGCGAGGGCGGAACUUCCGGCGCGGCCAUUUUGUUUUUCAGGGCUCCCCAAGGGUAGCGGCGUCCCGCCGGCCGCUGUCCCGCACCAUGUUCCCCGUGGCCAGGGCCGCUCUGAGCCUCGCCGCUCGCCGUGUCCAGCAUACUGCAGUAAGGCAGGCUCAUCACAAACAUGAGCCAAACUUCCAUGACAAGUAUGGAAACCUGGUACUGCUCGGUGGAGCUGCAGUUUUUGCUACUGUCUGGGGUUAUGUGUUCACGCAGGCGGGCAUCGAGUGGGGCCUGUCCCCUGUGGGCAGGAUCACUCCGAAGGAAUGGAGGGAGUGACAACUGGCAACCAGCCGCUCCGAGCUCUCCCUGCGGUCCUGCCGGCGUUUAUUCCCCGAGUCCCGCCGGUGUGGCGGCGUUCCUGCCCUAAUAAACAUCCCUGGAAACCC